GCAGUUGCCGAGUCUCGCAGACGGCAGUUAUGAGUUGGACUUCAGUGAGCAAGGAUGAGUGGUGUCUCUAGCGUUUCUGUGGCCUUGGUCUGUGCCACGAGAAAUGUGAGACAUGGAUUUGGCCAAGUGCCCCCUGGUGUGGUACUCCGACAGCCAUGGCGCAACAAUGUGAUGUCUGCGAGGCUUUCUUCAGAGCUCGCGGCAACAUGCUCUAGUGCUUAUGGUUCUCUUGCUGGCGGCUGGGUGACUCGAGGACCCGGCCAGCACCAUGGACACUGCCAGAUCUCCAGACCAGCAGUUUUUAUCCCCGCCCUUCAUGAGGUUCUAAACGACUGUUCAAAAAGUGGCCACUUAUCCGUAUAA